AGUAUAAAAGUAAUCCGUUCAGCACAGACAAUAGCAUUCCUAAAAGAACAAUGGCAUUCCAGAGCACAACAAUAGCAUUCCUAAGCACAACAAUAGGCAUUCCAGAGGAGUAAUCCUCAAAAAUCCUCAAUCUAUUGAGGAUUCAUCCUCCCUAUGAGCACAAUGGCAUUCCAGAGCACAAUAGCAUUCCAGCAUUCCAGAGCACACCUCCCUAUGAGCACAAAGCAUUCCAGAGCACAAUAACAUUCCUGAGCACAACAAUAGACAUUCCAGAGGAUUCAUCCUCAAAGUAUUCAAUCUAUUGACGUCACGGUGAACAAACAUUCCAGAGGAGAGGUCAAAUCAUUCAAUAGAAUACAAUAACAUUCCAGAAGACAUGAAUAAGCAUUCCAGCGACGUGUUUCUUAAAGCUUCUGAAAGCAUUCAAUCUAUUGAUGUCACGGGUGAACAAACAUUCCACGAGUAGAAUAAAGCAUUCCACAGAAUACAUUAAACAUUCCAUAGCUCUCUGAAAAUCAUUUCAACCCUGGUGAACGAACAUUCCUCAGUUAGAAUAAAAUAUUCCACUGAUGUAGAGUAUUAACCAACCAAACUGCAUGUGUACCACUCUACAUCCAAUCAGUGCUUACAUGCUCUACACAAUCCCACCAUAUACCUUUUAGUAUUAGACAUUUCAAAUCAGUUUCAUCGUCAUUAUCGAGUGAACAAGUUUCAGAAACACACCUCUGCUUGCAAUUCAUAUGGCACAGAAGAUGUUUCACCUUCAACAUGUGGACUUUUCAACAGACCAGCUGCUCUCGAGUACGUUUCAAGAAAUGAAGGAUAUUCUUAACACUCAGCUUCAUUUGCACGAAACGAUGAUGCGAACAAGUGAGUUGUAUAAAACCACAUACACAGAGAUGUUCCAGAGAAUGAAGACUCUAGAACAGAAAUUCCCCUCGCUAUCGCCAGCUCUCAUGAGCUUGAUGUUGGAUUAUUCAAAAAUCGCUGCCACCACUCAGGAUAGUAAUUCAAGGAACAGAAAACGUCAGUCACCUAACAAGCGUGUUGCUAAAGCUAAGAAGCCAAGGAAAGUGAAGGAACAGAAAAGUGGCCAGAAGCAGAAGUCUCAAAAGAAGAAAUCCACUCCUCCUAUACAACCAAAGAACCUGGGAGAAGAUUCUGAAGCAGUGUCAACUCCAUCCCUCACAACCCGACCCAUAACACCUACCACAGAACCUACUAUAGACGACUGGUGGUUGGAUUACACUCAUCUCAUGGAGGACAUAGAACAGCAAGAGAAACAAACCACAGACAUAACAGCUGUUGAUUCAUCCAGUGGAAUCAUGGAAGAUCUCUAUCAGGAAGAGAAACUUACUCCUCUUCAGAAAAGUUGCAGUGUAUGUCGUCACAACAAUAAGUUGCGUUACAUCAGUUGUAAUAGUGGACAAAUUCAGUGUCAUGUGUGUUGUAUGGAUCUCAUGAACUGUAUGUGCUACUAUGAUGAAGGCGGCAUGAUGGAAGACAUGGUUUCACAGGACUUUGAAGGUCAUAUUCUAUCAGUGUAAAUACAAAAGUGUUUUCAUCAUGCUCUGUAACAUGACAGUUAUCAUUAUGCAUCAUAUCAAACUUUAGUGAAUGUUCAAAUAAAAUGAAUAAACCCAUGCUGUUUCAUGUUAUAUAUUGCUUAGUCAGUCACAGUUUCCACAGUGCAACAUGAGUUCGGAAAAGAAGAGCAGCAUGUUAAAGCAAGAAAAAGCCAUAGAAAAGUAUUAUUUCAAUGCUGAAAAUCCUGGAGCUUAUUUUGGUCCAACAAAACUACGUGAUGAAUUGAAGAAAAACAGACAACAUCAUAUCAGGUUGAGGAAUGUGAAACGAUUUGUGAAGAAUCAAGAUGCCUAUAGUUUACAUAGACCAGUCAAGCAUAGAUUUAAAAGGUUAAAAGUAAGGGUGAAUUUUAUGAAUGAAAUGUUUGAUGUGGAUCUGGCCGACCUCUCUCGUUAUAGCAAAGAGAAUGAUGGUAUCAGAUAUUUGCUGGUGGCUAUUGAUAUCUUGAGCAGAUAUGCUUUUGUGCUACCUUUAGAAAACAAGAAACCUGAAUCGGUGUUGAAAGCCUUCAAAGAAAUACUGAAAACUAGACAACCAAAGAAGGUUCGCACAGAUGCUGGAUCAGAAUUUCGAGCAGGCUUUGAGUCAUAUUUGAAAAAGAAAAACAUCACUCACACCAUUACACGGAAUGAAAACAUUAAAAGUAAUUACGUAGAACGCUUCAACAGAACGCUAAAAUCACUGAUUACGCGUUACAUGACUCACAACAAUACCAAAUAUUACAUCGAUGUUUUACCUAAACUAGUGCACAACUACAAUCAUACAUUGCAUUCCUCCCUACCGAAUUUAUCACCUGCACAAGUGAGUAAGGACAAUGAAUUGAAAGUUUGGCAGCAUCUGUAUGUCAAACCUUUGUUGAAACAUCUCAAAAGUCUGCACCCUAGGAAGAAAUUCAGAUAUAAAGUAGGAGAUCUUGUUCGCAUUCCAUAUCUGAAGAGACCUUUCAACACAGAACUUGACUUGAAGUGGACACAAGAACUGUUCAAAAUAGCUCAUCGUUUUAAAAGACAGGAAAUUCCACUGUACAAACUCCAAGAUUUUCAUGAUGAAAUGAUCAAAGGUUCUUUUUAUACUGGUGAAUUGCAGAAGGUCAAUAAAGGAGAGGAUAUUGAGUGGCAGGUGGAAAAGAUCUUAAAGAAGAAACGUAUGAAUGGAAAGACUUAUGCUUUGGUUCGAUGGUUAGGUUGGCCCAAAUCCUUUGAUUCUUAUGUGGAGGAAAGUCAAUUGAAAAAUUUGUAAUGGAGAAAUAUGUGUUUCUGAAGUGUACAGACUCAAAGAAAGAUUACUUCAAAGGGAACACCCCGUACCAUUUUCGUGUGAAACUGAAUCAAAGAUUGAUGUUUGAUGGCUUCUGGAUAGUCAGCUUGACAGAAUUAAACUUUGGAAAGGUAGAUCUCACUCAUAUGAAUGACCCUUAUGUAGAUGUGUUGUGUAACUUAUGUGAUAGUUCAUUGGUAGGACACACUCAAUUACCAUUGUUGAGACGUUUAGACCUGAGAGAGGGGCCUAACUUUAAAUUUGCUAAUGAAUACAAUAUCCAUGUGAUGGUGAAAGAAUCUCCAGACAUUGAAAUUAGUAUAAAAGCAAGUGAUGGAACUCCAUUGUCAUUCUUGAAAGAGGAGACUCACCUAACACUUCACUUCAGACGUUACCCUUUUGCUGAUUGAUAUGGAGUCUUUACCUCUGUAUGUGCCCGAUUACAACAAAUGGCAGAAUUUUUUCAAGAAACACAUGACGGGUAGUUCUCAAUUGGUGAAUGGAAAACCACAACCUAAGCUCAUUACAUCUCAUCAACCUGAGGAAGCAUCAAAAGAAGUUCAAGUCAAACUGCAGGUGACUUCUGAACCUCAAAGUGUGGUGGAAAGAGCAGAUGCUAAAGAGAAGAGACAGAAAUCAUUAAAAAGAGCUGCAGGUGAACAGGUGGUCACAACCAAGAGGAUACGCCUAACAAGCAACAUCCCCUCCAAGACAGCUCGUGUGCUCAAGUACACUCCAGUGAAAGAAAAGGAUAUCUUUAGUUAACACCAUGUCGCUGCUCACCAGUAAACAUUUCGACGAGAUUGUUCCCGAGUCUUUAAAUUUAUUCACACUACCCCCAUUUCAGACAUGUAUUCAACAACAUUACUAUGAAAAUGUACGUCCAGUGAGUCAAAUCAACGAUGAGGCGCCUUUGGAAUUCAGUAUUUCUAACACAGGUAGUGACUACCUUGAUUUGAAGAGGACAAGAUUGCACGUGAAACUCAAGAUCACUCACAAUGAUGGGAGCACCUUGCUUCCCAAAGAACACGUCGCCCCAGUCAACCUGUUUCUUCAGUCGCUUUUUAGUCAACUAUCCGUUUAUUUGAAUGACACGCUGGUCUCUUCCACAAACAAUCAUUAUGCUUAUAAGAGCAUGAUGAAAGCCUUACUGAAUUUUGGAGCUGAUGCAAAGACUACACAGUUAACCUCUCAGUUGUUCUACAAAGAUGGAGGAGAAUCGAACAGUGAUAUAGAAUCAACAGAUACAGAAACGGGAAGCAACACAGGCUUGAUGAGACGAGCACAGUUCAUUGCAUUGAGUCAAGAGAUGACUAUGUCUGGAAACUUAUUUGAAGAUGUGUUUGAGAUGGAUAGAUACAUGAUUAAUGGUGUACCUAUGACUAUGAAAUUGUACAGAUCCUCUCCUACCUUCUGUCUCAUGAGUGGUGUUGCCAACAAAAAAUUCACUAUAACACUAUUGGAUGCUUAUCUCAAAGUCUGCAGACUGAAUGUCAACCCAGCCCUGAUUAUAGCUCACAAUACCUUGUUUGAGAACAACUCUAAUGCUCUCUAUCCUUUCAUCAAAUCUGAGGUGAAGGUCACUAGCAUUCCUGUUUCUCAGUUAACACAUACCAUUGACAAUGUCUCCAAUCCCAUUGCUAAUCGUUAUAUCAUAGGCUUUGUAGAUAGUAGCAGCUUUAAUGGGAAAUAUGAUGGGAAUCCUUUCAAUUUUCAAUCGAGCAUGAUUAAAACGAUCAACCUGUAUGUGAAUGGUGUCAGUGUCCCAGGAAGAGCUACAAGUGUAGACGAUGUAGACACCUAUCUCAACCUGUUUGAUAGCAAGAAACUUUGGUGUCAAAACCAGGGAAAUGGUAUUUCAAGAAACGACUUUUUUGCUUGGCAGCGCUCUUUUUGUUUACCAACUGGAUGAAGUAGAUACUGAUUACCUCAAUCUUGUGAAAUCAGGAAAUGUGAGACUUGAAAUUGAAUUCAAAUCUGCUUUGACUAAGACAUUGAGUUGUGUUAUCAUGAGUGAAAGAAAUUCCAUCAUAGAAAUUGAUAAAGCGCGGAAUGUGUACAUCAAGUAAACAUGAAAGCUUCUGAAUUGAAGUGUACCAUUCAGUGUGAUCCUGUCUUACAGAGUCAUGUCCUGGGAGUGUAUGCUAAAGAUACUUUGCCUGUACUCACAUCUUCUAUGAUAAGAAGAGGGGUUGGACUUAUUGUAAAUACAGACUGUAGUCAAAAGAAAGGACGUCACUGGGUUGCUAUGUAUUUCAAAGGAAAGAGAGCAGAAUUGUUUGACAGCCUAUCAGAACCCAUUGAUGCUGUAUUUGAUAGUUACCUAAAAUCCUAUGUUCAAUCAUACUUGCACAACAGUAAACGGAUACAAUCUUUAGAUUCAAAUGUGUGUGGGUUCUAUUGUUUGUAUUAUCUGUUAUGUACAUUGAAACCUCACUGGAGUUUUCAUCGUAUUGUUCAUCAGUUUGACAUAAGGAACUUCCUAUGGAAUGAUACUUUUGUAUCUCAGUAUAUAUGCAACUAUUUCAAAUACUGUACCCCUUCUUGUUUUUAAUUGACAAUGAUGUACAAUGUUUUACCAUGUGUAUAAAAAAUAAAAAAUAAAAAUAGAUUUAGUUCAAAAUGAUGUUUUGUUAUGUAUAAAUACCCUCCAUGCUUGUGAGUAAGUUCAGUUUCAUACUGAACAGCAGACCAAGAUACAUCAUGGAUGAAAGUGCUUGUCUGUUACCUUUUAAAACACCUACAACCAUAUCCGUGAUAGGCGGAUCAUCAAGUGGUAAAACCUUUUGGGUUUCACGUCUGUUAAGACAAGCCAAUAUCAUGUUUGAUCCUGCACCCAAAUUGAUUAUUUACUGCUAUGCUGUGUGGCAAGAUGUCUAUAGUGAGCUCAAGACAAUCAUUCCCAAUAUUCGUUUUCAAGAUGACCUCCCCACAGAACAGGAGUUAAAUUCAUAUUCUCUAGAAUCAGAUAAACA